AUGCAAAUAACAGAAAUAAACUUACGAAUGCAAACUAUUGCGCAGUGUUUUAACAAUUAUUGUGAUAUUCAAAAUCAAAUAGAUGUUCUAGUAGAAAAAAGAGAAUUGGACAAUCAAUUAGAAUAUAGAGAGUUGAUCGAGGAACAGUACUAUAGUAAUAUUGCCGCGGCGAAAUGUUUGAUAGAAACAGAUGAAGCUACUGAUUCCAAAUGUUCGCACUCUUCGAAAUCCGUAGCUGUGAAGCUUCCAGACAUACGGCUGGCCUGCUUCGACGGGUCCUACGAUCAGUGGCUAGAAUUUAGAAAUUCAUAUAUAACCAUGAUCCAUAAACGCACUGAUCUUGACGCUAUUCAAAAAUUACACUAUUUAAAAUCUUCUCUUAGUGGUUGUGCGUUACAAGUAAUUAGUGCGCUAGAAUUCACUGCAUCCAAUUAUAAUCAUGCUUGGGAACUAUUAGAAAACAGGUUUCAUAAUAACCGCCUCCUUGUUUAUAACCACGUGAGAUCAUUGUUCACAGCUCCGGCAGUUAUAAAAGAAUCAUCACAACAGAUUAGAAAAUUAAUUGAUACGAUUUUGCGUAAUUUGCGCGCUCUCCAAUCCUUGGGCGAACCAACAGAUUCGUGGGACACCCUAAUUAUUUAUUUAGUCCUGACUAAAGUAGACUCAGGUACGGAAAGAGAAUGGGAGAAUCAUAAGGGGUCGAUUUCUAGUGAUCCUAACAAUAAAUUAAAAUUAGAUGAUUUAUUAAACUUUUUAAGAAAUAAAGCCGACAUGUUGGAAGUUACACUUUUGAAUCAUAAAGUACAAUCGAAUAAAAUAGUUCACAAACGUAAAUCUGUACAGGAUUUUAAAAGGUCUUCGAAUCAAUCACAGUUAACACAUAGCUACAUUACAACGCGAUCGAAUAACAACAGUCCAGUCGGUAGCGAUUACCCGCGUAAGAAUAAUCAGAUUCAGUGUAAUUUAACACAAACAAUAGAUUCAAAUUUAAAACGAUUUUGGGAACUAGAAGAAAUAACUAAUAGAAAUGAAAUACAUACUGAAGACGAACACGCAUGCGAAUACUUAUAUGAAACCACAACAAAACGGGACAUAGAUGGUAGAUUUUUAGUGCGAAUUCCCUUACGGAAAUCAGCUGAUCAUCUUGGUGAAUCGUAUUCUUUCGCUAAAUCCCGUUUCUUAUCGUUGGAACGCAAGUUACAUCGAUUACCGUUCUAUAAAAAAUUGUAUUGUGAUUUUAUACGCGAGUAUAUUGAACUGGGGCAUAUGACGAGGGUAAAUGAAUAUAAUAAACCAUAUUAUUUUCUACCUCAUCACGGAGUUCUACGUGAACACAGUACGACAACUAAGUUACGUGUUGUUUUUGACGCUAGUGCUGUGACCACGUCAAACUUGUCAUUGAACGAUAUUCAGUACGUCGGACCGCCUCUACAAAAUGACAUCUUUUCAAUAUUAUUACGUUUCAGGCAGUACAAGUUCGUAGCUUGCGCUGAUGUCGAGAAAAUGUUCCGACAAAUAUUUAUACAGACUGAUCAAAGAAAUCUACAGCUUAUUGUUUGGAGAGAGAAACCAUCGGAUCCACUCUGUGUUUAUCGGCUGAAUACGGUUACAUACGGAACGGCGUCAGCACCAUACUUAAGCAUGCGUUGUCUAAGGCAAUUAGCAAAGGAUUGUAGUGAUGAUAACAUUGCUAAAAUCAUAAAUGAGGAUUUCUAUGUUGAUGAUCUCAUUACAGGUCAUGACGAUAAACAAAUUUUGUUGGAGGUGUGCAGUAAAAUAUCACAAGUACUGUUAUCGGGAUGUUUUCCAUUGCGUAAAUGGACAUUUAAUCACGAUCUAGAGAUUGUUACUUCUAAAGAAUUGGGUAUUGGAGAUCAUCAACAAACAAAAACUCUCGGUAUAGGUUGGUACAACACUAGCGACGAACUACAUUUCACCACCGCGGUGACCAAUGUACACACAAUAACGAAACGAACUAUUUUAUCUGUUUUAUCGCAAAUUUACGAUCCACUCGGUCUUGUGACACCUGUCACGAUAAUUGCAAAAAUUUUGAUGCAAAAAUUAUGGUUAUGUAAAAUUAACUGGGAUGAUGCUGUUCCAGAACCCAUUAAAUUAAAUUGGUUACAUUUCCUUAAUACAUUAAAAAAAUUACAUGAUUUACGAAUUCCGCGUUAUGUGCUGAAUGAAAACAGCGACGUAAAGGAAUUACAUAUUUUCACCGACGCAUCUCAGAGUGCAUACGGCGCUUGCGCCUAUAUUCGUAGUUACAAUAAUGAUUACAAUUCGUCAGUAACAGUUAAACUACUAUGUGCUAAAAGUAAGGUAUCGCCGAUUAAGCCAGUCACAAUUCCGAGAUUGGAAUUAUGCGGCGCCUUGUUAGGAGCCAGAUUAUAUACGAAAAUUACAUCUUCAAUGAGGUUUCAAUUCAAUAAAGUGUAUUUUUGGACGGACUCGACUAUAGUUAUGGGGUGGAUCCGUAUGUCACCUCAUUUAUUAAAAACAUUUGUGCAACACCGCGUGACCGAAAUAAAUGAGUUAACUGGUGAUUCAAUUUGGUUACAUGUUAAUAGUAAGGAUAACCCGGCCGAUCUUGUGUCUAGGGGUGUUUACCUCGAUAUGCUUAUCGACUGUACGCUAUGGUGGAGGGGUCCUUUGUUUUUACAAGACCGGCAGUUUGACUUUAAAAUCGAUCAUAGUACGUAUGAUUCAGUUUUGUUGCCGGAAGUAAAAAAUCAAAUCAUUUGUGCUUCUUCCAGCAUAUCCAAUAGUUUAAUCGACUUCUUGCGAUUCUCCUCACUUAAACGAUUAAAACGAAGUAGUGCCUACGUAAUACGUUUCAUAACCAACGCCCGCUCGUCUAAGUCCCUACGUAAAACAGGCUCAUUAUCCGUUAACGAGUUGGACGCAGCGACAAAUAUGUUAGUUCGGUUUGCACAAUCGGAAUCGUUUGCAAAUGAAUAUGAUAAUCUAUUGAAACAAUUACCGAUCAAAGGGAAAGGUGUUUCAAAUAAAAUUUCCGGUCUUAAUAUAUUUUUAGAUAAAGAUGGCAUAAUCAGAAUUGGUGGUAGAUUGACCAACUCACACUAUUUCGAUUAUAAUAAAAAACAUCCAAUAUUACUAUCUAGUAAACAUUACUUUAGCACGCUUUUAUUUAGAGAUGAACAUAAACGGUUGUUCCAUGCAGGACCCCAAUUACUUUUAUCUACAAUCCGUGAAAAUUGGUGGCCACUCGCUGGUAGAAACUUAGCUAGAAAGAUAGUUCGGCAAUGUGUUACAUGUACGCGCAUGAAGGGGAAAACAAUCACACCGAUAAUGGGUAACUUACCCGCCGAGCGCUUGGAACCAGGGUACCCUUUUAUACGUUGCGGUGUGGAUUAUGCCGGACCGGUGAUGAUACUGAGCCGUAAGGGUAGGGGUGCUUCUCUGGUGAAGGGUUAUAUCUGCGUUUUCGUAUGUUUUACUACUCGAGCUCUGCAUUUGGAAUUAGUAUCUAGUCUUUCUACAAACGAUUAUUUACUGGCUUUAAAACGUUUCAUCUCUCGCCGCGGCAAGCCCGUAGAGAUAUUUAGUGACAAUGGUAAGGCCUUUGUAGGUUCUCAAAAGGACUUAUCAUUAUUUUUAAAUGAAAAUGCUAAAGAAAUCGAAGAUUUUGCCACCAAUAAUGGCAUUAAAUUACGUUUUAUUCCACCGUACGCUCCUCAUUUCGGCGGUUUAUGGGAAUCAGGGGUCCGAUCAUGCAAAUAUCAUCUCAGACGAGUUGUAGGGAAUUGUAAUUUGACCUUUGAAGAGUUCACUACUGUCUUAACACAAAUUGAAGCUAUACUCAAUUCUCGUCCUUUAUAUCCAUUAUCCUCCGAUCCAAACGAUUUCCUCCCCUUGACUCCUUCGCAUUUCCUCAUUGGUCGGCUUCUGACCGCGCCUCCAUGCAAGGAUCUGACGUCUACUCCAACACAUCGUUUGAUACGAUAUGAUCGCAUAGAACAAAUGAGGCAACACUUUUGGCAACGCUGGUCUAAGGAGUACGUGGCGGAACUUCAAACAAGAACGAAGUGGAAAUUGCAACAACCAGACAUUCGUCUAAAUACAUUAGUACUUAUUAAAGAAGAGAAUCUACCACCACUAAAAUGGCGACUGGGUAGAAUUACACGUACCUUCCCGGGCAAAGACGGAAUAUAUAUGGCAGAAAUACUCACAGCAACUGGUAUCAUUCAUCGUGCCACUUCUAAGAUAUGUCCGCUUCUACCUCAAGGCACAGAAACGAAUUAA